AUGUCUGCCUUUGUCCGUGUCUCCGGACCACCAAACAGUAAUUUUCUGGUUGGUUAUCCGGGUAUUUCUGCGACGCUUCCUAGGAUAGAGGGUAAAGUAGAGAUUCGACCCCUCACUGGAAUUUCUGCGCCGAUAGCGAUAUCGUUGGUACGAAUAUGUCUACAGCGAAGAGAAACGGUUCAUCCUUCUGCCGAAUCGAUAGCUAAGAAACAUUUGGGGACACCUCGAAGAGAAACGACAGAUGUGGUUGGGAAGGAGCUAUUAUUGUUUCGAUGUACGGCUGGAAAGGAGAGCGAAAGCGUGGUUCUGAUGGAUCUACCUUUCGUACUAUUCAUACCAUUUGGAAGGGGGGGAGAGGAAUCGAAUCGAAGGAUCCCACCGGCGAGUUUACAAUUGCCAAGUCGCACGGCGGAAACUUAUUAUGAGUUGGUGGUUACGGUUCAACAAGGGCAAGAUCAAAAGAAAUUCGCGUUUCCAGUCCCGAUGCAGAGAUAUGAUACUCUUUCAACUUUUGGCAUGUAUAAUCGACCAGAAUCUGCAGAGAAGAAUACGGAUCAUCUGGUUACUAUGAGAAUUACAAUACCUCGAUGGUCAUUUGGCCCUUCGGAUCCAGUUAGCGUCUAUAUCCAUCUAUUUCCAAACUCCCUUUACAUGAAGAAAGCUACAAAAGUCGUCAUACAAAAGAUUACAAUUGGCAUAGAAGAGGAAAUCACAUAUAAUCCAGAAGGAGAUGAACCAACGAAGAAAAUCAAUCGCAUAGCUAAGCAGACGGCGACGGUGGGAGCAAAGUUGCCAGAGGCUGGGUACUUCACAACUCUAGGGCUUAUAUAUCCAUCGAAGGAUUUGAGAGAUUCGGAGGGAAUCAUCAGGAGAGGAAAAGCUGCAUUUCCAAUGCAUUUUGUCAAUUCGUUUACGACUACGGGAACCUUGUACAAGAUUGAGUUUUUUCUCGUUAUCAAGGUUCACCUCUCCGGUGCUCGAGAUAUUACUCAUCGUCAACCAAUUACUGUAUGCCCAUUGAAUGAACAAGAGUGUAAAGAGGAAAUGGAUGCAAUUGAACAAGCAGCAAAAGAUGCAUCACAUGUGGAUCCGACGAAUCCAAUGUUACCCGCCUGCACAAUUAUUCGAGCGAAAGAUCCAAGUGCUUUGAGGGCAUUAGGCUGGACGAUGGUAGGAGGUUUCAGAAAGAUGGUUAUCGAAUGA